GCUUUACAAACGGUGUAAAGAAGGCGGGGAGUCAGACAGAGUCAAAGUAAGCGAAGUGAGAGAUAUUUUUCAUUCCUUCGAUGAUUCUCUUUCCAUGCAAGAAUGUGGAUACAUCAUUAGACAAGCAUUUCCAGGCUUACAAAGGCGGCGAAUACAUUCUGUGUGGUAUUAUUAUGGGCUAUCAUUUAGAGAUUCCAAUGCCAGCAGACAUAUAAUGAACAACAGUUCCAAGACCAAAGAAUCUCUGGACAAAGUGGAGUCCAGGAGACUGGCUCUUCAAGGAGAAAAAAGAAAGAUAAUCGCACCGAAUACACAAGUACAGGACAGAGAAAGGCCUGAAGUGGAUGAGAAAAACAAGCUAAAAAAUGGUCUUGCCUAUAAAAUUCCAAGUUUUAAUAUCGACAUGAGGGCACUGUCCCCUUUACAUGAAUGUACUUUGAUUGGUGAGGGAACAUUUGGAAAAUGUUUGUCUGGAAAAUACCAGAACUUGCCAGUUGCAGUUAAGGUGUUCAAAGGUAAUCAGUCUGUGAAGUCUAUUCAUCAUGAGGCAAGCAUACUUCUCCAGGUUCCGGGUCAUCCAAACAUUGCUAUGUUACUAGGUGUGCAAACAGUUCAAUAUCCCUUCCUUCUUCUAAGCCGACUUUGUCUCAGUGAUGGUAUACCGAUAACAUAUUCAAAGUAUUUACAUCACCUUGAAAGGACAGCUGCCCACCUAAAGAUUUGCCUUCAUUUGAUGUAUGAAAUAGCCGAAGGUCUAAAUCACAUCCAUUGUCAUUCAAUACUUCAUAAUGAUUUGAAAGGAAACAACAUAGUUGUUGAAGGAUCCAAAGAAGUCCAGCAUGCAAUUCUCAUUGACUUUGGAAAAGCUGGUAUGCUUCAAAUUAAAGGUGUACGUGGUAUACUAUUUUAG